AGAGAAGGAAAGGAGGGAGCCACGGGCAGAUGAAAGAGGGAGAGAUCAAGUGAGAGACAAAAGGUAUGGGAUGGAUGUAGCAGAGGGAGCCAGGCGUGAGGAAGAAAAGUGACAGAGAGCAAUAGAAGAGAAGGAACAUCCCCCCCAGCCCUCCUUAGCUUAGCUCAGCUGGGCUAUGUGAUACCACCGCGGUGAUUUCCCCCCUAACAUCUCCCCAACAGCCUCCGCCACGGAGCGCAGGAUCAGGAGCCUGUUGCCUGGAUACCCCUGCUGAGAAUCCAGGAUUGAACCGUGUGUGGCGUAUUUUCUGGCUGCUACAGCUGCCAUGGGAAAAAACACAGCUGGCUGCCUGCAUAGCUCCCGUUCUCGCUGGCUGACUCGUUAACUUCGCACAUAUGAAUAAGGAAGGAAUCACCCUGAUACUGGGGCUUUGAGCAGAGGAGGUGGGAGGCUAGGGGUGGGACGGGGUGACUGACACUGUGCUUUGGAUGAUGAAGAAAGCUGUUCAGUAGAGAGGGAGAGAAAGCAGAGAGAUUAGCUUGGCUAUAGUGACGGAGCGGAAGCGAGGGGAGACCCUCAGACAGGGGAGCUUAGGAAGGGGAAGGCUGGUAGGAGAGGAGAGGGAAGAGGAGUGAGGCUGGCUGGGUUAGUUCAGCAGGAAGGGGGGCAGUAGCUGUGUGGAGACAUGCAGAUCCAGUCUUCUGGUCCACAGUCCAAAGCCUCCAGCUUCAUCCUCAGUCAGAGAUGUGUGCUGGCUUCCAAAAUGGAAAUCCACCGUGAACAGAGUAUCUGCCAGGCGCGAGCCGCCGUCAUGGUAUAUGACGAUGCCAACAAGAAAUGGGUCCCAGCGGGCGGCUCCACGGGCUUCAGCAGAGUCCACAUCUACCACCACACGGGCAACAAUGCCUUCCGUGUAGUGGGGCGCAAGAUCCAAGAUCAUCAGGUGGUGAUAAACUGUGCCAUUCCCAAGGGGCUGAAGUACAACCAGGCCACGCAGACCUUCCACCAGUGGCGUGAUGCCCGACAGGUCUAUGGCCUCAACUUUGGCAGCAAGGAGGAUGCCAAUGUAUUUGCCAGUGCCAUGAUGCACGCCCUGGAGGUCCUCAACUCCCAGGACUCAGGCCCCACACUGCCCAGACAGGGCCCCCAGGUUCAGAAUGGCCCCACAGAGGAGAUGGACCUGCAGAGAAGGCAGCUUCAGGAGCUGCAGAAGCAGAAGGAUAUGGAGCGUGAGCGUCAAGACAGAGAACGUCAGGAGCGUGAACGCCUGGAGCGGGAGAUGCUGGAGCGUGAGCGUCAGGAACGGGAACGUCAGGAGAGGGAGGCGCAGGCGGAGAGGGAGCGGCUGGAGCGGGAGCGCCAGGAGCAGCAGGAGCGCGCCGAGCGUGAGCUGAUGGAGAGAGAGAAGGCGGAGAGAGAGCGGAUCGAGAAGGAGCAGCAGGAGCAGUUGGACAGAGAGCAGCAGGACUGGGAGAGAGGGAGACGCAUCUCCAACGCCGCCUUCGAAAGCACUUUGUACACUCCCACGCCUCAGGAGUACAGCAGGACGUCCUCCACACCCGUAUCUCCAUCCACCCCCACUUACCCAGCACCCGGCACACCAUUGCCCUCAUCCACCACUCCCCCAACCCCACCUCUAAGGCAUUCGGCCUCCCGAUUUGCCACCUCACUUGGUUCUGCCUUCCAUCCGGUCCUGCCUCACUACGCCACAGUACCGAGGCGACAGCAGGCCUUUCCUCAAGCCCCGGCUCCUCCUCCUGCUCCAGCCCCUGCCCCGAUCCCACCUCCGCCACCCAAGUCUGUGGUGUGGUCAGCGUGCAGCUUCACUCCCUUGCCCCCCUCACCCCCUGUCAUGAUAAGCAGCCCCCCAGGGAAGGCUACUGGCCCACGGCCGCUCAUCCCCAUCGCAGCACCUUCGCCUCUCACCCAGAAGCCCCCCUCACCGGCCCCCAAUGGCCCACCCAUGUUCCCUGCACCUUCUCCUGUGACCAUCCCACACAGCCACACACCUAUCGGAAUCGCAUGCCCCACUCCGCCUCCCCCACCUACCACGCCCCCUCUGCCCUCCCCCAUAACUCCCCUUCCGUCCUCCUCCGUCUCGUCUCCCCCCUCCUCAUCCCAGGCUCCUGGUGUGCCCUCUCCCUCCACAGCACCCCCUGCUGCUGCAGCUGCUGCCGCCACCUCUGCCUCCGCUGAGCACCUCUCCCUUCCUGUGGGCCUGGGUCUGUCGGGGCCAGGGGAGCCAGACACAGCCACAGGCCCAGAGUCCCACCCACCUCAGUGGGGCUCCACCUGUCAACCCCAGCCCCAGGACAUGGUGCAGUCCCCAGGGUUGACCACUCCAACCCCUCCCCCACCUCCACCCCUGCCACCCGGCUCCACUGUGACCUCCGCUGCCGCCACCCCAGCAGCCACCCCCACCACCCCAGCCGGCCACCCUCCCCCACCUCCACCUCCUCCACUCCCUCCUACACUGACUCAAGGCGGGACCCCCCCUCCUCCACCAGGUCCACCUCCUCCUCCUGGAGCCCCACCCCCUCCCCCGGCACCUCCCCUUCCCGCUGGACUGUUCUCUCCCGUGGAGGACCGCCCCGUCUCAGGUCUGGCCGCUGCCCUCGCCGGAGCCAAGCUGCGUAAAGUGCCAAGGAGUGACGAUGCAGGGGCAACUCUGGCAGCAGCCAUGUUGGGGGUGGGAGGGGCCGCGGGGGCCAAAUCGGAAGCGAGAGGCAACGGCCCUCUGCCCGGAGGAGGAGGACUUAUGGAGGAGAUGAGCGCUUUGUUGGCCAGGAGGAGAAGAAUUGCAGAGAAGGGCUCAUCACCUGAACCAGACCAGAGAUCAGAGGAGGGUGAGAUCAACACAACUCCUAAAAUGUCAGCCUGUAGCACACCAGACAUGCCCAGGAAGCCAUGGGAGAGAACAAACACCAUGAACGGUAGCAAAUCUCCAGUUAUCGGAAGAAGAGAGUCUCCGUGGAGAAAUCCCAUGGGAGCAGAUUACUCCAACAGACCUAAAUCCACUCCUACUCCUACUGCGUCCUUAAGUGCCAACGGUGUGCCAACAGAAACGGUCGACUAUGACAGAUUGAAACAGGAUAUUCUGGAUGAGAUGAGGAAGGAGCUGUCAAAGCUAAAAGAAGAGCUCAUUGAUGCAAUAAGGGAGGAGCUGGGCAAGUCCAGCACGGCAUAGAGGAUCUAGACUUCCUCGUCACAACAUCCACAUCCAUGUGACCCGAAAGACAACCACAGUCAAUUUAAGACAUGACAACACAACAGCGGAAAAUGAAAUCAACAACAUGGCUGAGACGGAGAUGAUGACAAUAAUCGUAUUAAUACUGAGAGAGGACGAUAUUUUGGGGCGGAGCAGCAUCGAACAGAACAACAGUGGAUGCGGUGGUGGUGGGAGGCUUGUGACUCUGAGAAUCUAUGACGGCUGGCUUUCCUGCUGCCUCCCCGCCGCGCCCCACCCCCACCUCCCACUGAGGGCAUCGCAUCCUGAAGGACAGUGCACGGUCUGAUUAGAGAAGCAAAUGUCUUUAUGCAAAGAUGAUCUCUCUCCCUCUAUCUAUCUAUCUAUCUCUUCCUCUUUCUCUCUCUCUCUUUGUCCUAUGAUAACAAGAAAAAACACACAAAAAACAAGAGUGAACUCUUCGAUGAUACUGUAUUAACCAUCGGUGCAUAAGCAAACAGCAGCGUUGACGCUAAGAGUCAGAACUCUUGUGAUUAACUAUCAGAAGUUUUAUGAAGAGAGUUUGGAGAGAGGAAAAAGGUAGGGAUGGAAAAUAAAACCUUUUUUCCCAUAAUGCCAUAGGGGUAGCGUGCAUGUGUGAGUGUGUGUGAGUGUGUGUGGGGGAGUAUAUGUGUGUAUGGGGGAGUGACAGACUCUGGUGACCACCACUGCAGGACACUGUAAAGCUUGUCUUCCUCAAAUACUAUUUUAACCAGAAUAUGUACAAAAGAAGGGGAAAAAAAAAACGUUAUUUAGAAAAAAGUAUCUAUCGACCAUGUCUGUUUCAGUGUAGAUCUAUGACCAUAUCAAGUAGCUCAAUAAUCCAACCUUUACACAGGAUGCUCUCUCGUCUGUUUCUGUCUGUGGGAUCAUAGACGUGUUGUUCCCCUGCUGAGGUGAGCGCUCUGCGGAGACGUCUCGCUGUCAUUUCUGUGUUCAUACCGUUGAGUGGCAGGUGGGCGACACACAGGGGGAUAGCUGCCUGUCAUUGUAGCUCUUUACCAAACUUUAUCUGUCAACAGAAAGUGCUGAUUUGUUCGUUGACCACGGCCAGACGUGUAGAUAGAAGUGACUUUCCUUUUGUUAUCUUUAGAUUUGAAGACUCUCUCUCCUCCUUUUCUCUCCCAGUGUCUGUCACUUUUGUCACAUUUAAGGUACUCUGUUCGGUGCAUGUAUGGUUGUUUUCUUUAUACGGUGAGGGUCACAAGUCUGCCACGAAAUUGAAUUAACUGUCACAAGUUUUAUUACAAGCAAUAAGUGUAGCAUCUAUUUUAAGGCCCAGUCCCACCACCACUCAAACUUCUGUCAGUGUCUGUCUGUCCUUUUUGGCCCUCCUGAGAGCCUGUUGGACACUGUUACUGUGUGACUCGUUGCAGAUUUUCUGACUGAAGGCUGACAUGAAAGAAUAUCAGAGCAACACUGUAAGACAUGAUUUUGUGGAACAGCAACAUUUCUCAAUCACAGUUCUCUCUCUCUCUUUUUCUAUAAAAUCCCAGGAUACUGUAUCUUCAGCCACAUUGGAGCUGAGCCUUUGUUUUUUAUUUUACUCCAUCUAUGAAGUGAAACUCUGUGCACAGGACAACCCAGAUGUGUAAGAGAUGGUGUCCAUAUGAGGACAUGAACGUGCCAUUUACUAUUUACAUUUACUACCAGUGCUUAGUGAUGACAUGUUUUGUUUUUUUGUUUUUUUUGUCUUUUUCUUCCUGCCACUGUCAAAUCCUUAAAAUGAGAAACUGUGUUUUCCCUGACAUACAUACAUAGGGGAACUUCCACUCUGUUCUGAGUUUGUUUCACUGAAAGCUCAAAGUACAAUCAAAAUGAGAGGGAUGUGUUUGAAGCCGGGAGACUGACGUUCUAUAUAAAGAUACUGUAGCUGUUGCUCCAAGGCCACAUGUCAGAAUAACAGAUUAAAGUCCACGUUACCAUUCUGUUCUCUAGUUGUGUAAAAGACGUGUAAUCACACAGCCACCCACAGCGGGGUCCGCAGGAAAAGCUUGGCACUUGAAAACAACCUUUUGUCUUUUCAAAUGAUUCCAGUGUGCAUCCUAAACAUGUUGGAAAAUGAAGUCCCUCCCUUUCCGCUGACCCCCAUGGGACCUUAUUUUGGAGAGUGGAGAGACUUUGCCUCUGUUUUGCAUUUACAUUGCAAAUUUCUUCAUUCUUCAUUGUGACAUUUAUUAAAGUGAGAAUUAACAAGACAAUACAGCACUUCAUGCUUAAUGUCAGAGUUCUGGCUUUGUUGCAGCAGUAACUGCAUUUGUAACACUUGCACUUCCAUGAAGUUGCUAGCCUUGCAGUUUUGAUGAAACAAUGGUCAGAAUCGAAUCGAGAAUCAGACAGAGGCUGAAUAUACCCUGACUUUUAGUCCUACAAUUCCCACGUUGCAACUCCAUAGCAUCUUUUCAUUAGUCGCUUCCAAACUUUCAAACUGUACCAAUUUGUAAUCAUAGACUUUGGUUAAAAAGAUAAUCCUUGUGCUCUCGCUAUAACAACAUCAGUGUUACCUUGUCAACAAAGCUUCACCAGAACACCAGAAGGUCACGCAACAGUUUUUGCAGAAUGAGUAGUACCUCUCGUGACAGAAACUGAUUCUUGUGUACGAAAUGGGUGGAGUGCCCCUUUAACUCAUGAUUAGUUCAACCAGCUAAGGACUUCUCGUCAUGCCUUGCUUUUGCCUGUGGAUCCUAGUGAAAGGUUUGUGAAUUGGUGGCUGUUGGAUGUCGUACUAUUCUAUUCAAGGGCUUGGAUGUCGUAGCUGAACUGAGUUUCUCUCAUUUUCUUUUGAUUGAGUGAAAUUUAAUAAAAAAUACUAAGAUGAGGAUGUAAUUCUAGUGUGGACAUAUAGAUGCCAAUUGUUUGGUUUGAGUGUGGACAGGAGUUCUCAGAAUUCUUUUUUUUUUCCUUUCAGAUUUCAGGUUUGUUUCAGAUAUCAAGUUGUAUCUUCUCAUCCAUGUUCUGUCAAUGGAGACACCCACCAAGAGGCUCCGUGUACUUAGUGUUUACACAGUAUCAAUUGCACUUUAAGACAAAGACCGACAGAGCAAUCCAACAUCCUCUGACAGCAGUUUGCUUAGAGCCUCUGUUGCCAACAGUGUGGCUAACUCACCAAAGGAUUCAACUUGACAGUCUCCUGCUAAACAUAAUCACUCUCAACAAAGUCGCCUUUCUUAUUUUUGUAUCAUUUUGUCAAGGGAUCUAAAAAAAAAAAGACAAAGUGUCCAUCUCCGUAUUGAGUCCUUUUGGAUGUGAUGGCAGGUGAAAUGUUUCGAUUGAGAAUCUCUUUGUGGAGCUAUGUGAUUUGUGCCUUGUUCCGAAGUUGCAUUUAAUAUGUCAAGGAUAUAAAGAUGACUAGUAAUAAUAUCUAGGGACUGUCAUUAUGAUACAUGCAGUUGUUAUUUUGCUUGUCUUUUUUUCCAUCAUGAUCACGUUGAUUUGAAAGGAGAGUUUAAUGACCUUUACCGAGAUCUUCUUUGUUUGCUUUUAUACAUAAAUGUGGUUUAUUUCCUACACUUGUGAGGUUUUUACAGCUCAGAAGUACAAUCAAACCUUUGAGACAUGAGGCCUAUAAGGGUUGAAAGAUGAUUUUUGAAUUUUUUUUUUUUUUUUCUGAACCUAAAGCCGUGUUUGGAAGUCCAGAUGAGUCUGGCUACUGUGUUCUGUGUUCCCUCAUCCCAUUUAAAUGUCACACCGCUUGUGUUCAGCAGCUUAGCUUUCUUCACAUGCUUGGAAUUCUGUUUUGUCCCUGCUGUGAGGUCUGCUCCAUGUUAAUGUCAGAUUGCUGAUGGAAACAUUUACCCAUUUAUCUUUGUCCGUAAACCCAGUUUUCUGCUGAGGGAACUGAAAGAAUUGUGAAUUUUGAGGAAUAUUUGCAGAGGUUUGGUUAAAGCAAGUUUCAUGGGUGGGUUUCCAGACUUAUUCUUUUAUCAUCUGCAUUGUACCAUACUGUUCUCUUCUCAAGUUAAUUAGUCUUUUCUUACAUGCUAACAUAAUGUUUUGUUUGAGCAAAUUAAAUAAAAAUUGCAAUACAAGA